CCCCCUUCUGCCCCGCCCACGGAGGUUUCAGGGGCUCGCGGCUUCACGUGCGGGCGGACUGGACCAACAUUCCCAACUUCCUCAACGAGCUGCUGAGCAAAGACUGCUGUUCGCCAACGACACUUUUACAAAAGAGGAAUUAAAUAAACAAAAUGUCGUGAUAUUUUUCUUUUGAAUUUUCUCGUCUGGCUGUGGAAAAAGGACUAAAGAGGGACGUAACCCGUCGAGUGUGACGGAUCAAGUCCGCGGAAUGGAGCCCGCCUAUCUUGUGCUUCUAUCCGCCUGGUGCUGCUACUCUUUGGGCUUGUCGGCAGCUUUCUCAUUGGAGGAGCGAUCCAGCCACUUGUCCCUGGAGAAGACGUACGGACGCACUGUGAAGGAUUCCCAGUGCCGUCACAUGUUGAAGCACCUUCACAAUGGCGCCCGCAUCACCGUGCAGAUGCCUCCAAACGUGGAGGGUCACUGGGUUUCCACCAGUUGUGAGGUGAGACCCGGCCCAGAGUUCCUGACCCGCUCCUACCGCUUCUACACCAACAACAGCUUCCAGGCGCACCAGUUCUACUACGAGGACAACCACUGUACCAAGCCCACCUACACGCUGCUCAUAAGGGGUCGCCAGCGUCUGCGUCAGGCCUCCUGGAUCAUCCGGGGCGGCACGGAGGCAGAGUACCAACUCCACCGGGUCCAGAUGGUGUGUCACACAGCCGGCGUGGCCACAGAGCUGAGCCAGAGGCUAAACGGGAGCUGCCGGGGCGCCGCGAGGGGCCACUGGGAGCCCGGCGUCGCGUACGAGCUGUGGAGCGAGGAUGGCGGCUACAACUUCUCCCGCGAGCUCAACUUUGCCAUGCAUGAGCUGCAGCUGCUGCGGCUAGAGAGGCAGUACAUGCACAACGCCGAUCACCUGGUGGAGGAGCUCUUCCUCGGGGACGUCCACACUGACCCGGCCCAGAGGUUGUACCACAAGCCCUCCAGCUACCAGACGCCCCUGCAGAACGCAAAGAAGCACUUCCACGGCUGCAUCGCCUGCCGCAUCAUCUACCGCUCCGACGAGCUCCACCCGCCCAUCCUGCCGCCGCGGGCCGACCUGGCCGUGGGUUUGUACGGCCAGUGGGUCAGCCAGCGCUGCGAGGUGCGCCCGGAAGUCCUGUUCCUCACCCGCCACUUUGUGUUCCACGACAACAACCACACGUGGGAGGGCCACUACUACCACUUCUCUGACCCGGUGUGUAAGCACCCCACCUUCACCAUCUACGCCCGCGGACGCUACAGCAGGGGGCUGCACUCCACGCGUGUCAUGGGAGGCACCGACUUCGUCUUCAAAGUCAACCACAUGCGGGUCACGCCCAUGGACUUGGCGACCACCUCGCUCCUCAACGUCUUCAACGGCAACGAGUGCGGCGUGGAGCGCUCGUGGCAGGCGGGCGUGGAGCAGGACGUGACGGCGACCAACGGCUGCGUGGCGCUGGGCAUCCGCCUGCCCCACACCGAGUACGAGCUCUUCCGCAUGGAGCAGGACGCCAAAGGACGCUACCUGCUCUUCAACGGCCAGCGGCCCAGCGACGGCUCCAGCCCGGAUCGCCCGGAGAAGCGGGCCACUUCCUACCAGCUGCCGCUGGUGCAGUGCUCCGCCAGCAGUCAGUCGCCGGGACGCGCCGACGACGGAGACACGUCUCUGCGUCUCGGUAACGGCGGCGACGGACGUCACCGAGGAGCCGGGGCGUGUGUCAUGGCCGCUCUUGUUGCUUUACGCUGGAACUGGCAGCACUAAAAGUUGACUAGAUGUCCUGUCACUGACGCGCUACCUGCACUGGUUCUACUUGGGAACACACCAGAACCUUUGGAGUGGAGAACAAAUCUACUCUUCUUCUUAAGAGGAAGGAUUUUACAACUCUCCAAACUCCAGGAGCCAAAGACUUCUUAGGGAAAAAAAACUGCACUUUAGCGUGAACAAAAAAGCUCAACUCUAAUAAGAAAUCUGAUGUCAGCGCAUUUACCUUAAAAUAGGAUCUUUAUGGAAAUUGAAAUAUUAAAUGGGCUUUAUAUUCAGGCACCAAAGUAACCUGUCAAAGUUUUUCAGAUAAAGUGAAAUACCGUAUUUUUUCGGAGUACAAGUCGCUCUGGAGUAUAAGUCGCACCGGCCGAAAAUGCAUAAGAAGGAAAAGAACAUAAGUUGCAUAUUUUGGGGAAAGUUAUUUGAUAAAACCCAACACCAAGAAUAGAUAUUUGAAAAGCAAUUUAGAAUAAAGACAGGCUGAAUAAGUGUACGUUAUAUGAGGCAUAAAUAACCAACUGCUAUGUUAACGUAACAUAUUAUGGUAAGAGUCAUUCAAAUAACUAUAACAUAUAGAACAUGCUAUACGUUUACCAAACAAUCUGUCACUCCUAAUCGCUAAAUCCCAUGAAAUCUUAUACGUCUAGUCUCUUACGUCAAUGACAUCAAUAAUAUUAUUGGAUAUUUUACACUGUUAAUUUCACACAUAAGUCGCUCCUGAGUAUAAGUUGCAAACUAUGAAAAAAACUGUGACUUAUAGUCAGAAAAAUACGGUAGUGACAUUUUUAAUGAAGCAUUGAUAUUUUGUGCUCCUGAGCUACAAUAAAGCAAUUUAUCCUUUUAAAAUGGAUUUGUACUUUUCUCUUGUCCAGCGGAACUUUCCCUUUUGAGCUGAAGUUGAAGCAAAAGAACUGGGAACUGUUAUGGAACAAAACUUGUUUUUCAUUUUUAUUUUUUCAUUGCUUUAAUAUCAUGGGACAGGAUUUAAAGAAUGGUGACCCAUUUCAGUCAGUACUUGCCUCCGAGGGAAUAAAGAUUUGUAUAUAAUAUAAAGUCUGCAUUGGUGGGUAAAGUAGAGACAAAUGUACAAGAAGAAGGAGGCACCGUUAUAUCCCCGACUGGACGUGAACAUUCCGAGAGAAGUAGAAACUACAAAGGGGGAACAAAGUGAUCCGGUGAAGAUGGAAGUUCUGGUUUUGUUUAAAAGCUUUAAAACAACAAUUUACGUGACUGUUAACAUUUUUCAUUCCAAAUAAAACACGAGAGUAUCAA